GUGAGGUUUCAAAGAAAGGGGCCGUUGUGGUGAACCGGAUAAUUCUACUUUUUCAUCCCCUAUGAAGAAACGAACGCGGCUGUUACAAGCGCGAUUGCUUACACGGAAGCAAGAAGAAAAGCUGAAGAAGCAUUAUUUGUGCGGUUGAAAUUAUCGAGAUAUUUUCGGUGGUUUUGUGAACGAGAUUGAGAUUCUACGGUGACCUGAAAGGGAUUUUUUUGCUUUCAAGUUCUUCGGAACGUUCCUGUACGCUGCUCGGAAGCAAAUGCGGAAAUGCAAAGCAGGAGGCAGAUAUCCUUGAAGAAGGAUGCUAAAUUUGGCAUAAAGCCUGUAUGCACGCCGAAUAGCUUCGCUUUUGUUUUCGCUUGAAGUUACGCAUUCGUUCGCUUGAUAAACUUAGCUGAACCGGCUUCUCAUAAAUGAAAUUCAUGGUAACUCGUCUACAUAAUGUUUCGUUUUCCGGUGUGAACGAUUUGUCGCGAUAAUGUUCGUAUACCAGAGACGGAUCGAUAGCUGCAGGUUUCUGGCUCCACACAACAUUGAGACAUAUAACUUUGCAGAUUCGUUUUCCUUUUUUCACUUCAUUCACCAAUUGUUAUGUUGUUGAGUGUUUCUAAUAGGUCUAAUGUCACGUGAUGUUACAAUUUCGCACGAUUGGCCUUAAGUGGCAUCCGACCUCUCACUUCAAGGAAAAUCGCAAAACUCGUCAAAAAAUCGUCAAAUUCAAGAAAAUAAUUUACAAUACUAACCUAAAUUAUACAUUUCCCCAAGUUCAACGUCACUUCAAGAUAAUCAACCUAAAAACAAGUUUCUCCAGACGUUUGAAAACUUUGAUUGUUUGUGCAGCCAUUUUGAGUGUUCCAAAGACCAUGAUCCAAUUAGUGUAGUUAGCGAUAUCAACUUCACUUCGUAUCACCUUGUGUUCAUCAUCUUGUGUUCAUCAUCUUCCUUUCUAUUUUCGUCAGUCAUUGUCAUGGGACAAAGUCAAGGGACUUUAGCUCUCUAAAAUAGACUUUGAACAACCUCUGAAGCAUUUUCUGUGAUUAUGAUAUAUUUCAUAUGUAGAUCUGCCCCGGAUCAAUCGCAUUUCUUGUUUUUCCUCUCCUUUUUAUUUCACAGCCUAAAAGUAUUUCAGACACUGACUAGUAUAACACAUGAUUAUAGCAUUAAAUGAAAUGUUUACAACUUGUACGACUGAAACCAUGAGGCGACAUGUUUACCGAUGCAUACUGCUUACAAGGAUGUUCAAAAAUCAUCCACUGACUUCAUUACUGUUGGUUAUGUAAUUUCAUGAACUGAAGUGAAGGCGAUUUGUUUUAAUCUUAAAGUUUUUGUGUCUUUCUUUCACAUUUUAAAUCUGAAUUAUUUGCUCCCAGAGUUUUUUAUUUACCUUUUCUGUUUCUAACAUAACAUCAGAGGGUAAAAUUUAAUCAUAAAGCAUAACUUAUUCUAGAUAAUUUAGAUACUUAUCUGUUCCGUUGAUUUUCAGCUAAACAUGGUCAAGGAAAGAGGGUGCUGGCUUCAAGAGGUUCUGAAAUAUCUUUGACUGAUUUAGGAAAUCGAUACACUCCAUGGAAGAGCUUGUAGCUUUCGGCGGCUAUAGAAGAGGUGGUGGCAGGGGAGCUCGAGGUAGUAGAGGGGGUCCUUGGAGAGGCGGUAGAGGGGGUGCUAGGGGAGGGGGCAGAGGAGGGCGUGGUGGUUAUGGUGCUACAGAAACACGCCGUCCGAUAAGGCUUGGAUUCAAAGCCCUUAAAGACUUACAGAGCAAGACUCCAGAUGAAAUUGUCCUCGAUAUGACAUCGAGUCGAUGCUACCCGGCCUCUGAAUUUUUAUUAAAAGAGCAGACUCCUAUGACAGAUGACGUUAUUGUCUUGAUUGUGAACAUUCUUAGCACAGCGUGCCAUUGCAGCUCGAAGGAGUACCUUAUUAAGCUGCUUAACCUGCUGCCCGGGUCAUUGUUUCUCAACUUACACUUGAGACAAAAUCUGAACAGGCUGUCCGCAAGCAGAAUGGCACCUUCUGAAGUUGCAGACUAUUUAAAAAAUGUGAUAAGAGUAAUGAACGAACUGUUACGAAGAUUUCCAAAUGCAUACGCUGAUUUACCAAUAGCCGAUCUGUAUUGUGGAGCAAUGGUAAUGUCCGAAACAGGGAAGUUGGAGGACGCCAACCUGAUGAAGGAAGCGGGUGAACUAAUGAAAUUAAAAACAGAGAAGGCUUCCGAACUGAAAAGAAAAGAAGACGAGAGGAGACCAGGCAGAGGAAGAUUACAACGAAAUGCCGGUGAGAAUGAUGAAUUAAACCCCCCCAAUGAUUUCCGAGAUCUCAGUGUUAUUCCGACUCAGGAAGACAUUUUGACCGGAGAAAGACCCUUCCUCAGAAGGAACAAAGUUGACGGGAGCUAUCAUAAUGCAGAACAUUAUUUAGACGUGCAGUUUCGGCUCCUCCGCGAAGAUUUCGUGAGGCCCCUUCGUGAAGGGAUUGCCAAGUUAUUAGAACGUAUUGGCUCCGCUAAGAUUGGUGCACUACAGGACAUACGGGUGUAUAAAGACGUCCGGUUGCUGUACCCCUUGUGUACGUCCAACGGACUCCAGUACAAAGUAAAGUUUGACAACACGAAUCUGAGGAAAGUUCGCUGGGAAAACAGCAAGCGACUUAUCUUUGGUUCACUGAUGUGUCUUUCUAAAGACAAGUUUGACAGUUUUGUGUUUGCAACUGUGGCCAAUCGAGACGUCAAAGAUUUAAAACAGGGUAUCGUGGACAUACAGUUCAUCAAACUAUCUGAUAAUGUGAGACUUGGAGAGGGUGAAGUGUAUCAGAUGGUAGAGAGCACUGUUUACUUUGAAGCGUAUCGUCAUAUCCUUGAGGGGUUGAAAGAAGUUGAGCCGCAUGAACUGCCCUUACAGAGAUACAUCGUUAGUUGUGAGGAACAUGUUGAAGCACCGGCUUACUUGAGGAACAGGUUAAGAGGACAAGUAACAUUUGAUCUGACGCCGAUAAUGAGAAAAGGAAAUACGAGUUUCAGCUCAGGAAGCACGAGCUCAUUAAGAGAAUUGAGGGCACGACUUGCGGGUUUGAGUGUCAGGGAUGACGUGCAUAGAGGAACUGACGUUCCACUUCUACAUCUUGCUUACUGGCCAUCGGCAGAAGAUCUGGAACUAGAUGACUCUCAGUACAAGGCUUUGCAGAUGGCGCUGACCAAAGAAUUCGCGGUUAUUCAAGGACCCCCGGGUACUGGAAAGACAUACAUCGGUCUGAAGAUCGCAAAUGUUUUGUUGCACAACAAGUUGAAGUGGGACACUGGUACUGAAUUUCUUGAUGACGAACGUGACGUUGCCCCUCUUGUGUCUGAGCGUCGCCCAAUUCUUGUUGUCUGUUACACGAACCACGCGCUCGACCAGUUUCUGGAAGGAAUCCAAAAGUUUCAUCCCGAGGGGAUUGUGCGGAUUGGAGGUCGGAGUCAGAGUGACACUAUGAAGGCGUGCAGUCUGUCAGAGUUGAAACAUCGCAUGCAUAAGGAUAAAAAAGCUCCCUUGCACAUCAGAAGAGCCUACUACGAUGCUCAUCAAGAAAUGGAUCACACCACGACAAAGCUGCAAGGGGCCGCUGAAGAUCUGAAGAAAUGCUAUGAAAACGUGCUGCACGAAGACGCCCUGCAUCGACGCGUCCCCAGCAUGACCGAUGCUCAUUACGAUUCUUUGAGACAAAUUUUUGCGGGUAGAAGCGGACACAAGGAAGGCGCAAUGUUGUACUGGCUGCAGCUUUCUAUUAAUUCGGCAGAUCCUGGACAAGGAGAUUUAAAGCCGGUUGCUAUGCUCCCUCUCAACAAGCAAAGCGCUGGUGUGGAUGUUAUUUCUCGAGCUGAUUUAGCCAGCCUUUAUAACGUCACGUGGUCCCCAGAUGAGACUGGUUCCUUGCAACUCUCAGGAGCACCUAACUCGUUUGUAAUGAUUCCAAACCAUCCCGGAAGUGACUUAGACACCCGAACAGCAAUCACGCUUUUAUUGGAGGUGUUCCCAACCGGAAACAGAGGAUCAAUUCUGAGCUUUCACGAGGAUGGCUUGGGACUUCAAAUAAGUCAAGAAGGCGUGGUGGAUGGGAAAGGAAUCCUAACAGCACGGUUUGUGUGGAGAGAUAUAACUCAUCCGCCCGCUAUUGAGAAAGCUGUGUUAAAUAUGAACUCCUGGAACUACAUUGGGGCAUCUUAUGAUCAUGAGACUGGCAUUGCACGCCUAUGGCAUGAUGGGAACGACGUAGAAGCAAAGUUUCUUGGCAGGAAACAGGAACUUGCAACUCAGUUUUCUAUCAGGAUUGGAGCCUUAGAAAAUGCUGUACAUGUACGAGGUUUUCGAGGAAGAGUCGCCAACCUUCACAUAUUUGCCGAAUCCCUCGGAAAGGAAAGUGUGAGGGCUAUUGGUGGAAUUGUCUCUCAAGAUGGAGCAGGAGCAGGAGCAGAAGCAGAAGCAGAGGAAGUAGAAGAGGAGGAAGAGGAAAAUGAAAACUCGGACGUGUUGUAUGAGGCGGAUGUUAUGCAGGACCAGAGGGUCUUGGACAUUGAUGACGUCAGAGUGUACGGUUCCAAAGUAAUGCCGGGAGGUGGAAGUUUGAAAGUUUUGGAUCCUUUUGCUUUCAGCAAAGGAGCUGAAGGUGGAUGGCAAAUUCAGAAUCCUGAAAAAAUUAAAAAGAAAUUAAAGAGGACCAUGGUUCUCGAACUGAGCAGGAAAGAUGUCAUGCAAGCUGAGAGAGCGAGAGCGGUUCAAAAUGUCUGGAGUUUGCGCCUCAAAGAUCGGUGGUGCCUGUAUCGCCGAUGGUUGAUGGAUCUGGCGGAGGGAUACCGUCGCACUAUCUCAAUGUUCCAAGAAAAAUUUGAAGAGGGAGCCAAGCGACUGAAGGAUGUAAAAAAUAUGGAAGAUUUUGAGAUACUCAAGAACGCUGAUGUCGUGGGCAUGACAACUACUGGUGCUGCAAAGUAUCGCAAACUUUUGCAAAGACUGCGUCCACGCAUAACGAUUGUGGAAGAAGCUGCUGAAGUAUUGGAGUCACAUAUUGUCACAUCGCUAACUCCCGGAUGCCAACACUUGAUUCUGAUUGGUGAUCAUCAGCAGCUCCGGCCCAAUCCUACAGUUUACGAACUCGCCAAAGACUACAAUCUAGACGUGUCACUCUUUGAGAGAAUGGUGAAGAAUGGAAUGCCUUAUAAACGGUUGCGAUUACAGCAUCGGAUGAGACCUGAAAUUUCCAAAAUGUUGGAGCAUAUUUACUCCAAUCCAAAAUUGGAGAACCACGAAUCAGUGAUGAAUUUUGAGAACAUCAAGGGAGUGGCUCGUAACAUGUAUUUUGUCAACCACGCCGAGAGUGAGGAUUUUUUAGAGGAGGGAAGGAGCAGGUCAAAUGAACAUGAAGCCAAAUUCAUCGCUGCCCUCUGUCGCUAUUUCAUUCUCCAAGGCUACCAAAGAGAGCAGAUCACAGUCCUUACAGCCUACACUGGACAGUUAAUACAGCUCAAAAAGGAGAUGCCCAAAGAUUUUUUUCGUGGAGUUCGAGUCUGUGCGGUAGACAACUUCCAAGGAGAAGAAAACGAUAUAAUUCUUCUGUCUCUUGUUCGAAGCAACGAAGAAGGUAAAAUCGGUUUCUUGCAGACAGAAAACAGAGUUUGUGUGGCGCUAUCUCGGGCAAAGAAAGGGUUUUACUGCAUUGGAAAUAUCAGCCUUUUGGAAACAAAGAGUGAAUUAUGGAGCGGGAUAAUUGACGACAUGCGUGAGCGCGGUUAUGUGGGAGAUGCAUUGCUACUCACCUGCCAAAACCAUCCCCAAAAUGUGAUACAAGCAUCGCGCGGUGAGGACUUCAAGAAGGCACCCGAGGGAGGCUGCACCGUUCCAUGUGCGGCAAGACUCGAAUGUGGUCACGUAUGCGAGAUGGUGUGUCAUCCAACAGACCCAGAGCACAAGGAAUACCAAUGUAAGAAACCGUGCGCUAAGACCAUCUGUCGUCGGAAUCACAAGUGUCGCAGGAGAUGCUAUCAAGAUUGCGGGCCUUGCAUGGAGCUUAUGAUGAAACGUCUACCAUGUGGUCACAUCCAGGAGGUACCUUGCUCCAAAGACCGUUCUGACGUACAGUGCCAGUCACGUUGUUCAAAGAUUCUACCUCGCUGUGGCCAUCAAUGUGCCAAUAAGUGUUGCGAAGAGUGUACUGAGAAGUGCACUGUUGUUACUAAGAAAAGAUGGGCGUGUGGACAUGAAAACGAUGUAGAAUGCCAUGUUAAUCCACGGUACAGUCCAUGUGAGGCACCUUGUGGAGUGAUGUUAGACUGCGAGCACCCUUGUGGCGGUAGUUGCAGUGAUUGUUUACGCGGUCGAGUUCACCAACCUUGUAAGGCAUUGUGUGGCCGCACACUGUUCUGCGGACAUAACUGCUCAGAACCCUGCACCAGAAACUGUCCGCCAUGCAAAGAAAAGUGUGGUAACAACUGCAAGCACAGCAAUUGCGCGAAGAAAUGCGGCGAGCCUUGCGAGCCAUGUAACGAGAUGUGCGUUUGGCAGUGCCCUCAUUACGAGUGUACGAAUUUAUGCGGCGAGUUGUGCGAUCGCCCUAGAUGCAACAGGCCAUGUCCAAAGCUCCUUCGAUGCCUUCAUCCUUGCAUUGGUCUCUGUGGAGAACCAUGUCCAAAUAAGUGCCGAGUGUGCCAAAAGGACGAGGUCACAGAGAUCUUUUUCGGUACUGAAGAUGAUCCAAAUGCUCGAUUCGUUGAACUGGCGGACUGUGGUCACGUGUUUGAGGUGGAAAUGAUGGAUCAGUGGAUGGAUCAGGCCGAAGUAACGGAGGAUGGGAAGCCCGUUGACGUUCAACUCAAGCUCUGCCCAAAGUGCAGGAUUCCGAUUCGUACCAGUUUGAGAUAUGGCAACAUUGUCAAGAAGAUUCUCGCGGACUUCGAAAGAAUAAAAAAGAAAAUUUUACUCAGUAAAAGGCAGCGGGAACUUAAAGUGUCGACACCAAAGGCAAACGUGCUGAAGAUUCAUCAGUUCCCCGAAGACCGGGAAAGAAUUGAAAGAUAUCUCGAAUCUAGGAGUUUGACGGAUGAACAAGUGAAUGUGUUUGAAAAUCAGAUCAACCUGUUGAUUUUCCUUCAGACUCUAAAAGAUAGCAUCGAAAAAGGAAAAGAAGCAGAAGAGGGGAAAGUGAGAGGAUUGGUAUCUAGGUAUCCCUUGUUGAAAACCAAGGAAGAAUUAGACGGUGAAAUCGAUAAGCUCCGAAACCGUGUUAUGAAGGCUCGGGUUCGCUUCAGCGACCAAGAACUGGAAGAGCUCAAAGAAGAAAUGUACAGGACACAGCUUCUUAUCGACUACAAAAUGCUUAGGAUGCAGCUAAACAACCGGGGGAAAACAUUAGGACCUACUGACACCGCAUCCUUAGAUGCUGUUGGAAGAGUGCUGGAUUCUGAAAAGAAAAUUGAACGAAAGCGUCGAGAGCUAUACGGGUCUCUAAUUACGCGGAUCAGACGCGGUCAAAAUCUCGAUGUUUACUACCAGACGGUUACAAAAGAUGAAAAAGAUCUGAUCGUGAAGGCCAUGGGAAUGGCACAAGGACACUGGUUCAAGUGUCCCAACGGUCACAUCUACUGCAUUACAGAAUGUGGUGGAGCGAUGGAAGAGGGCAAAUGUCCAGAAUGCGGCUCGAGAAUCGGUGGUCAUAAUCAUCAGCUGCGAUCUGACAAUCGGUUAGCUAGGGAAAUGGAUGGGGCAAAUUAUGCCGCCUUUUCAGACAUGGCUAACAUCCGAAACUUUGAUCCUCGCGACUUUAUGUAGAUUGAACUUGUUAAGGGUGUUACUUUUGCAGAUUAAUUUAACCCUUCUUUAAAAGUUUAUUUUCCAUUGUUAUUGACUGGUAUUGAAGUGAGGGAAAAUGAAAUUUACUGACUGACCACGUAUGAAAUUAAACCGUUAUCCCAGCAAAGCGCUUGAAAUAGGUAAGGAAUCAAUCCGCCAAAAUGGUAUCAAACUUAAAUUUGUGAGAAUUUUCCUAUUAAAGAUAGGCAGUUAGGAACCAAGGAAUGGCUAAAGCCUUUACCUUCCAGGCUUCGAAAGGCUUGUUGUUUUAUAUUUUCAUCAGUCUCUAGGAGGAUUUUUUUAUUGUUCAUUGUUUUUUAAGUCAUCAAAAGUUGAAGACGAAAAACGAAACAAAUAAUACCUGGAAGUAGCCCAGCCCAUAAGGUCGAAGUUCCAACUUGGUUAAUUGCCUGAGUCCCAUUGUAUCUGCAAAGCGUUAACAAGUACGGGCUUUGAUUGGUUAGAUGGAUUUGGUUUUGCAUUAUUUUUGCUGUUCCAGAUUUAGCAUUGGGCUGAGUUUAAAAUACCAAUGUAAUUUCAUAACUUUUAAUCCUUUUUGGAAGGAGACUGCAAAUGUCCCUGUAAUAGGGACCUUAAGCAAACCACGACGGCGACGGCAACGAGGACGAGGAAAAACUGAAAAGAUCUAAUUAGCAGAACAAUAGCUCGGCACGUGUAUUUUAAAACUUACUACAUUUCUCAGCCGUCCUUUUGCAAAACGAUAACGUGAAAUCAGCAAAAUUUGCGUCGUCUGCGAACGGAAACCGCACCGGCAAAUUAUUGCAAUUUCCAUUUGCAACUCAACGCUACUUUUAUACGUUAUGUUUAGGUUGAGUUGUGGCGCCGUAUGAGAUGGUAAACACAUGCAGCCA